AUGUGUGCUGCCCACAUGACGCCUCUGGCACACAUCUUCAAAGGGACUUUCGUCCAUUCCACCAUGACCUCUCCCAUGGAAGUGCUGCACGACCAUAUCCUCGGUGUAAGCGAAGUUGGCAAAAUAGUGUUUUUGGAACCUGCUUCCCAGCAAGAAAAAUUGGCCACAGAAUGGGGCUUCACACCAAUCGAAGUGAGAGAACUCAGUAUCCAUGAGUUCUUCAUUCCUGGCCUGGUCGAUACACAUAUCCACGCACCACAAUAUGUGUUUGCUGGAAGUAAUGUGGAUCUCCCUCUCUUGGAGUGGUUAACCAAAUAUACAUUUCCAACAGAAAACAAAUUUAGCAAUAAAGAUUUUGCUGAAGAAGUCUAUACCCGAGUGGUUAGGAGAACUCUGAAGAAUGGUACAACCACAGCAUGUUACUUUGGAACAAUCCACACUGACUCAUCCCUCCGCCUUGCUGAUAUUACAGAUAAAUUUGGGCAGCGAGCAUUUGUGGGCAAAGUUUGCAUGGAUAUGAAUGACACUGUUCCAGAAUACAAGGAAACCAUGGAGGAAUCAGUUAAAGAGACAGAAAGGUUUGUUGAUGAAAUGCUAAAAAAGGAAUAUACUAGGGUAAAGCCUAUAGUGACACCACGUUUUUCCCUUUCCUGCUCUGAGACUCUGAUGCAUAAACUUGGUGAGAUAGCGAAGGACCACAAGCUACAUGUUCAGAGCCACAUAAGUGAGACUCCUGAUGAAGUUGAAGCUGUGAAAAAGUUAUUUCCUAAUUAUAAGAAUUACACAGAUGUAUAUGACAAAAACAAUCUCCUGACAGACAAGACAGUGAUGGCUCAUGGCUGCUAUCUCUCUGAUGAAGAGCUCAAAGUAUUUCACGAGCGUGGAGCUUCAGUCUCCCACUGUCCCAAUUCAAACUUGUCGAUCUCCAGUGGAUUACUAAAUGUGCUGAAUGUCCUGAAACAUAAUGUGAAGCUUGGACUGGGCACAGAUGUUGCUGGUGGUUAUUCCUCUUCCAUGCUUGAUGCUAUCAGAAAAACAAUGGUGGUAGCCAACACCCUUUACAUGACAAAAGUAAAUGACAAAAGCCUCACUCUUAAAGAAGUGUUCAGACUAGCAACUCUUGGAGGAAGCCAAGCCUUGGGAUUAGAUCAUGUGAUUGGAAACUUUGAAGUUGGCAAAGAAUUUGAUGCCCUCCUGAUCAACCCUAAGGCUUCAGACUCUCCAAUUGAUCUCUUCUGUGGUGAUCUGACUGGUGAGCUUUCAGAGACUGUCAUCCAGAAAUUCUUCUAUCUAGGAGAUGAUCGAAAUAUUGACGAAGUGUAUGUGGGUGGCAAGCAAGUUGUUCCUUUUUCAAGCUCGGUGUAAGACCACUAGGUUUCUGAAGACAUUCUCCUGGGAUAACUGAUGAUUGUUCAUCUCUCUGAGCCCAGGUGGAGUUGGAAAGAGUUGGUUAAAAUAUAAUACCUUCUUGUUGGGAAUGACUACUAAGUUUCUGUGUCUAAUUAGAGCAUCCACUUGAGAAAUGACUAGAAACAAACCAGGGAUCAUUUCUGGGUUGAAUGGCUUUCAUUAUAUAUGAAAAUUUUACUCUUUGAGAUGUUGAGUUUUUUUGGCCAUAUUCAAAGAUAAAUUUUACUUUAUUCAUUUGAAACAUUAGAUUGAUUCCAUGGAAAUAGUUUUAAAAAAGAUAGAGAGAGAUGCUUUUCUUUCUUAUAAAAAUGAAUCGAGCACACAUGUGAAAAAUUUCAAUCACAAAGUUGAAAAUUGCCUAAUAGGGAAAUCUUAAUGAAGAAAGAAGUCUUUAAAAAAAAAAGCGUGAAAUGAAAUGUUGAAGAUCACUUAAAGUUAUUCAUUGUGAAAAUUGUGAAAUUACAUGUCAAGCAUACAAAUUUUAAGAGAGACCUUGCAGAAUUUUAGAAUGUGAUUUCAGAGCAAGUUUGCGUACUUAGAAAUUUGUAGUCACUGAAAUUUGUACUUCAUAGAUAGUUUGCUAUUGUUCUUUGGCUUUGUUUUGGAUAAAACAAAAUGCUAAAUGUUAUGUUCAGAUAGUUUUGUGCUUGUUAAUGUGCAUUAAAAGCUGGAAAAUGGUUUUUUAAAGGUCUCUUAGGAUUAUUAUCGAUGUACUUACAUGGCAUAUAUAGGAAUAUUUUUGAGUACCUUAUACACAUCUUAAAUUAUAACUGUGCAGUGUUGUUAUUGCUCAAAAUUAUAUUGUUGAAAAGAAAAUGGAAGCAGAUUGCAUGAAGUAGAAUCAUAGAACUACAGAUUAGAAUUUGCAAAAACAGAGAAGACAUUAGGUAUCAUCAAAUCUAUCUCAUCUCUUACAAAUAAUAGAAAAACUUAUUGAUCAGAAUUUUAAAGUGGAAAAGUUUCAUUAAUUAAAGACAAGUUCUACCUACACUAUCAGUCACAAUUGAUAAAUUUCAAAAGCCAAUACCAAGCAAUAGCUGGCAUUUUAAAACUACAUCUUAAGUGUUUUUUUAAUGGAUAUUAUUUUAAAAGACUCUCGCAUAAAAGUAGAUAAUUCUUUAUUUGCUAAAAAUACUCCCAUUUAUUCUAAGAAAUUUUCAAUUCAGUAGAAAUUAAAUAUAAUUAAAUAACUUGGAUACUAUCUUAAAAUUCAUCGUAAUUGGAUUUGAUAUUGGGGUCAGGAACAGGUUUGUUGUUCAUUUUUUGCUGUUUUUGCUUUUAUUUGUAACCUCAGUGCUUAAUAGUGCUGAAUAGAUGUACAAUACCUAAUAAAUGUUUGUUGAUUGGUGGUUAAGUAAUGUUUCAUGUUUAGAAGGAUACAAAACCUUUAAAAGCAAUUUAAACUUAUUAGUAUUUCUCUCUUUGCCAUAUCCUGGAAUUAGAAACAAUUUUUACCCCCAUAAUAAAUCUUUGAGCAUUAUUGUUAGGACUAUAACUCGUUGCUUUAUAAGUGUUACAGCUUUUUUUCAUGCAUAUGCAUUUUGGCCCUGGAAACCACAAUAAUCAGAAAGAAACCAAAAUUUCCUCAGUAUUCCAAGUAAGUAAUUGGGGCACUUACUCUAAUUUUCUUUUGUUUUACAUCCCUAAUAUUGAAAAACUUUAUAUGCAUAUAUAUAACUCUUCAAUAAAAUGUCUCCUAUUUUGGAAAAUUCAUUAAAAUAAAGUCAUCUUAUUCUACCUAGCCAUUAUAUUUUGUCUGGUUUCAGACUUCUAUCUUAUAUAAGUAGACCAUAUUUUUCCAAGAGAUCUUCCUAGAAUUAUUGUUCAUCCCGCCUUAAAUAUAAAACCUUUUGGGUCACCAGUAAGCAUUUGGAGAUAUUGUAUAGCACAAUAAAUAAGUCUUUGCUUUUCUAAAAUUUCAAAGAAACCAGGUGGAGUUUUGUACUUACUACCAAGAGGUGUUUUUGACUCUAGUUCACAUAUUAUUGAUAAAGUUAGGGAGAUUAAGUAGGCAAAUGAUUGCUAAUAGGAGAUUCCAAGCAGCACUAGAAUCAUACUCCUAGUCUCCUGGUUCUCCUUUACCUCCCUUUCUUCUGUAUCUGAAUUGUAAAUGGAACUUAAAUGUUGAUCAUUGGUUUUCAUUGAUAUUUAGAAUUAUCAUGGAAUCAAAAUGGCAAAGUAGCAAAAAAAAAAGGGGGGGGGAGGGGAAAGACUUUGCCCAGAUAGUAUGCUAAGAUCAGCAUAGUUUUGUGGAAGAAAUACUGAAUUGGGAAUCAGGAGACCUGAUCUUGAAUCUCAUCUUUGCCAUUUAUUAUGUGUGGCUCUGGGCAAGUCAUACCUCUUUCUCUGAGCCUUAGUUUCUUCACUUGUAAGAUGAGAGGAUUGGACAAGAUGAGCUCUGAGGUUCUGCUUGAAAUAUUAAUAUCCUUUGAGCUCCCUGCAGUCCUUGUUAUUCUUUGUAUUUUAUUUCUCCAAGAAAAGGGUUAUUGUACAUUGCAUCUGCUUAUGUGACAAGUGUAGUUCUACAUUUAAAUAUAUUAUUUUCCUUUGUAUAAUAAUAAUAAAAGAUUUCAUGAAUCGUGAGAUGACAGCACACUGAGGCAAUCGAGGUAUCACUUUAUGUUGAAUGUUUUCUGCUCUUACAAAAGCAGUAAGAAUUAUGACAGUGAUUUUAAGCAAGUCUUUUUGAAAAUUGUCACCCUAAUGCCCCAACAACUCAAAUUACCCAAAUUAUACCAACAUAUUACUGGAGUGUACUUAGCCCUUUUUAAUCAGAUAUACAUUUUUCUGGAAUGAUGUUGCUCAAGCCUCACAAAAAAUGCUGUUGUGACCAGAAUAUUAAAGCAGAAGUCAAGGCUUCUUUCAUCAUCCAGAAUAAUAAAAGAAAGAAUCCUGGCCAGGGGGUCAAGAGUUCAAAUCUAGAGAUGGAAGAGCCUUGGAAGCCAUCUGGUACUACCUUCUCAUUUUUAAGGAAAUACCCUAGAGGGUUCUAUAAAGCUUAAGUGACUUGCUUAUAGUCAGUCACAUGGUUAAUAAAUGUCCAAAGCAGCAUUUGAACUAGGUCUUCUAAUUACAGAACCAGUGGCUUUUUCUCCAUUAUGUAUUCUCUACAAGAUACUACAUUUCUAACACUGGCUCUGCUCCUCAUUGGCAAGAUAGCCUGAAACAAAUCACAUCACAUUAAGAAGCCUGUUUGCUCAUUUAUAAAAUGAAGAGACUAGAUGACGAGUAAGUCCCCCAUCAGCUCUGUAAUUCUAAAUCUGAUUGCCUUCAUACAUCCCUUUCUACCUUAUCCUUUGCCUCCCAAAUCUAAGAUUAAAUUCAGGAGAGCAGAAGAUUUGUUUUUUAAAAGUAUAGCUAAAAACAUUUACUCUUUAAAUUGAAUUGAAAGCAGAUAAGAGUUGUGAAUUGAUGCAUAAAAUAGAAAACCUGUCAGGAUAAUUUAUCCAAGAAUUGCUUGUGAUGCCAUUAGUGGCAGUGCAGAGAGUUGGGGGAAUCCCUUCUGGUCAACAUAGGUCCAAUGUGAAAAGAAUUCACAAACCCAAAAAGUUUAAUAGCAAAAGGAAAGUUUAUUUCCUUCUAUUCACUGAGAAGCCAGCUUUGCUAGGAAGGCAGACUUCUUAGUCAUAAGUCCUGGCAGAGAAAUAACAAGAGGUUAUCACUGAGAAGAAGCUCUCUUCACAUUGGCAGGAGUCCUGGUAGGCAGCUGUGCCAAGAGGAGAGGUCCCUUGGCAAAGCAUAAUUCCUACUUCAACUUCUGCAAGGAUAUGAGUUUAAAAUUGUCUUUUUAUAAAAUAUCUGAGACUGGGGUUUCAAUUGAAUGAGAUUCCUUAAAUGUUGUCAUUGCCCCCGGGCCUAGAUUUCCAGUUGAAUGAGACCACCAAGACCAGAUAAAUAGGGAGUGGUCCUGGACUAAUUUUCAACUCAUUAGAGGGUGCAGCUAGUCAUCACCAAGAUAACUUAUCUUGAUUCCCUGAGGUGGUCCUUUCCCAGAGGAGAGUUUCUCAGAGUUUACCCCCAUGGCUUCCCCCCCAAAAUCAGGAAGGACAGUUUCAGGGUUCACCUUCAUUGCUUGUAUUUUGUUUAUUAUAGCUUUGGUGAAGAAAAAGAAAAAGGUUAAAAGACACAGUUUCCAUGAAAAAGAACAGAUUUUUUUUAAAAAAGAACUUUUAAAGUUAAAAAGAAUAUGAUUUAUGGAAGACUAAUUAGAAAGAGAAUAGAUUUUUAAAAAUAGCUCAUAGGUAAACUGAGCAGAGAAACAGGUAGGCUGUUGAAAAAAUGAUACGAGUUAUUUAAUUGUUUUAUGAUUUUCUUAUACUUGGUCUUCAGCCCUUUCUUUAUGUUUAAAUGUGACAGAUUUUAGAACAGAGAAUACAGGAAUACACUGAAGAGUAGAUUCUCCUCAGAAAAAAAAAGAACCCUUUUUAAGCCAUUCUUUUGAAUAUCUUUCUAAUAUAAUUCCACAAUUAGAACAAAUAGUGGUAAUAAAGAAAAAUUACUUCAUAAUCCUCAGUGUUUUUUUUUUUUUUAACACCAAUCAGCCAACAUUGAUAAGUGUCUUCAGAGGUUAUGGGGAAAAGAACACAUUUAGGAGUAUGUGGUCUCACAGAGGGUUUUGAAUGUUCACUUUCUCCUGGUUUUUCCUGUUCCUUUUCCUCUAAGAGUUCUCUCCAUGAUUUUUAUCCCAAAAGGCAUAAUGGCACAUUAUAUUCAUUGUAUGUUGUGCUGUCUCUGUCAGUUGCAUCCCAACAGGAAGUCUUUCAUGAGGGCACAGUUUUAAAGCCAAUGAUAAUUGCCCAGACUAUGGAAUUUUUCAAGACUGAGGCUAUUUUUACUUAUAAAGAUCAUAGAAUCGCAGAGUUAGAAUUAGAAAAGACCUUUCAAGGCAAUGACAUCCAACCUUCUUUUCACAAAUGAGGAAAAUGAGUCACUUGCGUGAUUUGCCCAAUGUAAAGCAGAAGCAAGCCUCAAAUCUAAGACCUUUGAUUUCAAAGGAAGGUGUAACUUCCAUCAUGUCACCCUGUCCAUUUCUUUAGUAACUACAGAAUGUUCCAAGGCCAGUGACUUCACAUUAUUUUUAAGCUCAGCAGAGUUACCUGGUAUAUAAUUGGUGUCUUAUUCAAAGAGCAGAUUAAAAAAACUCUACAAUCUAAUUCAAAUGUGAUUUCAGACUAUGGUGAAUUUAAAUAACUUAAUCCCUGAAUUUGAUGUCUUUAUAAAAGAAAAGCAUAUAAAAACAUAAGUAAAUUUUUCAAACCUCAACAUUAAUUAUGAUAAAGAGUUUUCAUGUAUAAUCUCAUUCCUCUUCUACCCAUUCAUUCUCUUCCCCCGCUCCCAACCCAAUUCUUCCCUUUAUAUCUGUAGACAAGAAGCCAUGAAGAUGAAAGUGCUUAAUCUACUUUCCUAAAGUACAAAAAUUGAUCUUUAGCACCAAUGAUGAAAAGAAAUUAUGUAUUUUAAGACUAUUUCCCCCAUUCCUUCUAUGCCCAUGAACUCCCAAGGUGUUUCUUGACACCUUAGUUAGUGAGAGUGUCUGCCUUCCCUUUUCUGCUGGAAGAAUUGGAUUUGUAUAUUCUGUCAGAAAAUGCUUUUUAAGGAAAACUGCUUUAAAAUGUUGCCUAUCUCUUGAUCACUACUCUUAAGUAUAUGUAUUCAGUGGGAAAAUGGAACUCAAUAUUUGCUUAUUUCUCUUGUGUGAGUGUAUAUGUGUUGCCAAAACAAAAAUAAAAACGGUCUUCUGUCUAACUUAA